AUGGAAAAGACGAUAGUUAAAGGGAUCUUUUCACUUGUCGCGUUGCUGUUGAUAAGCGGACACGGCUAUGUGAAGCGCGCGGACGUGAGAGUGAUUCUGGUAGGUAAAACGGGUUCUGGUAAGAGCGCUUCUGGUAACACUAUACUCGGAGACGACACCGCUUUCGAAGAGGGCAUGUCACCCCAAUCCGUCACCAACGGGUGUGUGAAGAAAGAGACGGAAAUAAACGGAGCUCGGACCGUGGUGGUCGACACUCCGGGGUUGUUCGAUACAACCAAAACUCAAGACGAGGUGAAACUGAAAAUCGAAGAAUGCGUCGAGCGGUCGCUACCCGGACCUCACGGAUUCCUUUUAGUGCUCAGCCUGAAGUCCAGAUUCACACAAGAGGAACGAAACACCGUGAAAUGGAUUCUAGAUAAUUUCGGAGAAGACGCUUCUACGUAUAUCAUGGUCCUGUUCACCCACGGUGAUCUGCUGCAGGGUAAAACGGUGAAAGAUUACAUACGGGAAAGCAAAGCCCUACAAAAGCUGAUAAAUCAGUGCGGCGGCAGGUACCACACGCUGAACAAUACUAUGAGACACAACAGAACGCAAGUGUACGGUCUGCUCGGUAAAAUACAGGACAUGGUCGAAUUCAACGGAGGCAAGCACUAUAGCAACGACAUGUAUCGCAAUGCGCAGAAGAAACUGGAGCUAGAGAGGGAGACGAAGAGGCGAGCGGAAGAGCAUAUGAGAAAAGAACAUGAGGAUAUGAUAAAAGCAAGGGAAUGGUGCCGAUUUUUCGGUCUUACUUCACUCGGAUUGUUUGGAACCGGAGCGUACUUGUCGUCCUAUGUUUUGAUGGGGAUAGGGGGAGCGCUCGGGUACUCACAGUUCAAUUGUACGUGGGUGAUGUUCACUUAA